AUGAUAACAAUGAGAUCAUUUAGUAUUGUGGCUUUAUGUGCUUUUGUGUGCUCUGCUCUUGCAUGUAGACAAUUCGAGCUCCUAAUAGUGAACUAUGGGUCUGAUCUUAAUUAUGUCCCAAUAACAAAACACAAAGAGUAUAAUGAAUUGUAUGCGGGAAACAACACGACUGUUGAUCCGCUUGGUGAUAUUGUUAGAUUUACAUUGAACGAUGAUGGCACGCUUCAAAAUGAGGUUGGUGUUAAAGUAAGCGUUAUUCCCGGUGACGAAUAUAACGCUCCAUUUGGUUUGUCGUUAGAUAAAGAUAAAGAUCCUACCGAUGGCUUUUCAAUUAGCGAUGGGAGAUUGGCUUUUCAAGGUAAUACCGGGUUUUCGGCUUGUCCUUUCUUUGCACGAAACAAGUAUGAAAAUUACCUCUCGACCAAUUUGGAGUGCUCAGCAGGAACAAUAAUCAGUUUGCAUGCAGUAGAAGAUAUUCAUACCGCUACAACAAGUACACCAUCUCCAACACUUCUUCCGACUUCUGUCAAUUAG